AUGUCCCCGCUCGCGAUUUCUGACUACGAGUCUAGUGACGCCGGCUCGCGAUCACCCUCCCCGGGAUUCGCACCGCUGCACUCAUCCCCCUCGACCCCGUAUUUCUCGGACGCAGGCUACAGCUCUCCCGGCGACAUCCCCGAGGAGUCAGACUACGCCAGCGGCAGCGAAGGCAUCGUAGGCGAACAAGAAGAAGACGACGAGACCGAUCUAGACGCAGCAUCGCGUGCCAGCGAUACAUCAGACCAAGCCCCGCAUCUUGACGGCUCCGCAUUCGAGCCUGCACCUUUCGUCGUCUCGGACGCCCCAGCAGUAUCUCUCGUUACACGACCAGCCGCUCCAGGGACCGGUGUCGAAGGUGGAGGGACGCAAGUAGACGCCAGACCUGUAACGCCGCCAAAGAACCCGUCCAACGUGUCGCGUUUGGCUGACGGGUCGAAGUCCACACCUGUUGCCCACAAACCAUCCACUGCACAUUCCAACUCCUUACAUCCAACUCGGGGCACCGAGUAUAUGCCCAAAAUUCGUCGUGAGAACGCCUUCGAGAUGGAGCGCAAGAUCGUACAAGUCAGCCUGGAGACGUUCAUGCAGACGUUCGUGCCCGGAGCCGACCUUCCCUCCGAUACCGUCGUGGAGGAUUUCGACCCCGUUCAAUUCAAGGGUACAGAGGAACCCAUGUACGACGAGCUGUGCAAGGUGGCGAACUCGGUCUUCGACCACGUCCCCAUCAAAGCCGGUGUCCCGAGGCUGGUAGCGAAGAACACGAGCGUCUGGCCCGAUCCUACGGACAAGGGUGACUACGAGGAGAACACGAAGCCUGACGUAACUGUCUAUCCCGAACACGACGACGCGAAGCGCGCAUAUACGAUCGAGGCGUCAGCACUCAGGGGGAAGUCGGAUAAUAGAAAACAACACUGUCGAGAGAAGGAGGCUAGGACGUCGUGGUUGUGGGCAAGCCUUUGUAUCGAAGCGAAGGUUCACACAACCGACUCUCCGUUCGAGGUGCCGGCAGCCAAGAAGAGUGGUAGGGCCGGGAAGACCGGAGCACGUACGGGAGCUACGCCUGACGAAGCAGGGUCGGGACGAUCAGGCCGGGCGAAGGUUUCUACCCCGUCGGCGACUGUCUCUGGGACUGUCCAAGCAGCAUCGUCGGCUUCUACCCCGGGCCCCGCUGCUCCGGGGGCGAGCAGCACCGCCGCGCCGUCUUUCCUGCGUCUGGACAACAAGGGCGCUAAGCAGACAAUGGGCCAGAUGUGUCAGCAAGUCUCGAAGAUCCUGCGAAGGCAGUUCCUAUCCUGCCUGUUCACGGUAUUUACCUGUCGUGACCAUGCGUGGCUACUCUACUGGGACCGCGCGGGGUUGGUUGUUUCGGAGCCGUUCAACUUCGUGCAGCAGCCACGCCUCUUCCACAACUUCUUCUAUCGGUUCGCCUGUAUGACCGACAUGCAGAGAGGCUUCGACCCGACGGUGACGCGGGCGACCGAGGAGGACGUUGAGCUGAUGCGCAGCCACAAGAAGUUCGACACUGACUGGCACGAGGCCCAGUUUAAGGGUUCGUUGGCACCGGGCUGGCCGAUCUACGAGGUCUCCGUUCCUGAAGAAGACAUGAUCUCGGAGGAUGAGCUCAAGACGGGCGAGAAAGUGCGGCGAGACAACGGAGGCAAGCCUAAGCGGAAGUUCCUCGUCGGGAAGCCGUACUUCAUGAGUAGCUCGCCCACCGGAGGAGGAACGAGGGGAUAUAUCGCGUAUGACGUCGCCGAACAUCGAUUGGUCUUCUUCAAGGAGUGUUGGCGCGUGGACGAGCCGACCUAUCAUCCGGAAGGGGAUGUGUACCUGCGAUUGCAUAAAAAUAACGUGCAGUUCAUAGCGACCCCAAUCGCCGCGGGCGACGUUUGCGAUGCGCCCGGCGAAGCUCGUUCUACUCGCACGCAAGACUUCCUCGAAGACUCGCCGCCCAAGCUCAUCCAGUAUCGCAUCUUCUUGGAACAGAUCGGUAAACCGCUCAAAGAAUACAGGACUUCUCGCGAGUUAGCGGCCGCUAUGUACUGCUGUUUGACAGCGCAUGAACAAGCCUGGGAAAACGCCCAAGUCCUGCACCGUGACAUAAGCAGCGAGAAUCUGCUGAUAUUGUGUGUUAUCCGCGAUGGCAAGAUUGUGGGAUGGAUCGGUAUAUUGGUCGACUGGGGUUUGUGCAAGUACAAGGAGGAGUUACUAAAACGGAGUGUGCUGAAGACCCGUUCAGGCACAUGGCAGUUCAUCUCCGCAGUCUUGCUGGCAUUCCCAGGACACUUUGCGCACGCAGUGUGGCACGAUCUCGAGUCAUUCAUUCACGUCCUUCACUGGAUGUGUCUGCGAUUCCACGUCACGAACUUUUCGAGGAACACGAAGAUGUUGCACAAACACGUCAGCGCAGUCUACGACGCAUCAUUUCCGUCACCCGAUGGUACUUCUGUUGGCGGAGAAGAGAAGCUGAUGAUGAUGCGAGCAGGAACGGUGCCGUUCGAACUCGUCGGAGGAUCUGCUGACCGGUCAACGCCGGGUUUGCACUGCCUCUUGACUGAACUCGCGGAGCUUUACAAGUCGCACUACAAGUGGCUGAAACCUCGGCUACCGGCGUCGCACCCGUACGUCGCAUCCUCCGUGGCGCCCUCCGUCGUUUCGGAGGAACUCGACCCGGGGCUCGAUCUCAUUCCGAUUCCGGAUAAGAGGUUGACCACAUCUCGACUACAACCAGAAGUGCAAGAAAUCCCAGCGAAUUCAGUUCUCGAGGACCACAAGGAGAUGAAAAUGGUAUUCGAGGACGUGCUGCGCCCCCAGGGAGGCCCGUGGACAUACGAUGACAAGACCGGGGACAACUUCGCCUACUUCAACACGUCCAUGGAUCUACAGAGCAGGCUGUCAAGGGAGUCUGUCAAGAGGUCUGCGGACAAUUCUGUGGACGACAGACCCGACAAGCGCAUCAGGAGUGACACUAGCAGCGUGCCCGUGUCGUCCACUUCGUUGUUGGGCUCGAUAGCUGAGAACGUCGAAGGCUGA